AGUUACAGAGUAGGAAAAGCAGCUACUCAUUUGACACAUAUUCUACUGACCACAGAGCGGCAUCAAUUUAAAUUGGAAUUAUCAUCGAAUAAUUUGAUUUACAGAUAGAAUCAUACCUUUGAGGCAAAUACCAGUCGCAUUACCCUUUCCCUUACCUAUCAAACCGGUAUCAGGGCUAAAAAACAAAACAAAACAAGAAUCCUACACUCAACCCUCCUGUGUUGACGGAUGCAGCGGAGUUGUGAAGCAUGGCCGGGGAAGGAGAAAAGAAACCAGCAAUAGAAAUGGUCCAGGCUGACGGGGCCGACGAGGGCUGUGUGACUUUCGUGCUGCAUGACGAGGACCACACAUUAGGCAACUCCCUCAGAUACAUGAUCAUGAAGAAUGUGGACGUGGAGUUCUGCGGCUACACCAUCACCCAUCCGUCCGAGAGCAAGAUCAACUUUCGCAUUCAGACUCGAGGGGGAAUUCCAGCCACAGAGCCGCUGAGGAGAGGCUUGAGUGAACUCAGCGAUGUUUGUCAACAUGUUCUUAACACAUUUCAGACUCAUUCGUGCAACCCAUCUCCUCCCCGUCUCCACAUCAUCCAAAUCACUCAGUGCGCCAUCCAAGCCUCCAUCUUUAUCUUCACCAGCACCGCCAGCAUCCAGACCUGCCCUAAUUCCUAUCAUUGAUGGGAUUCUGUUCUG